GUUUGAGACUUUUUCCUCGGAAACGCCAUCUUACAUAGAAAGGGGGGUUUAAACGGGUUGAAAACAGGAAAACGGGGGUAGUGACAGGGAUUAAUUAUCACUUUGGAAUCGUGUGUGAAAUUUUCCCGUAGCUUUGAAGUAGCAUCAGUCAUGGCUCUGGGUCUUUUUAAGGAAAAGUGAGAGAAAUCCGCACUGGUCGGCCCGAAGUUAGCUUAGCCAGUUGGGGAGAGAGGGCGGAGAGUUAGAAGAUUUUUUUUUCCGCUGUGAAAGAAGUUAUUUGUUUAUGUUGUUCAACGCGGAUAUGUCCUCUUCAAAUCUAGACCUAGCAGACCAUAGUCUGGGAAUGGGAGCAAGUGGGACCCAGAACGGCGGCGCUGGUGGACCGAAGGGGACCAACAAAAGACGGGCAGCGCCGGACUUUGACGACGAUGAUGGAAGCAAGAUGUUAAGAUUUGAUGAUGAAACAGGAGGCUCCAACAAUGAAAAAGAGCGCUUUGCCAGGUCUUUGGAAGAAGAUCAGAGUUUUGCAGAUAAGGAAAAACUAGCCAGGGAGAACCACAGUGAGAUUGAGAGGCGGAGGCGGAACAAGAUGUCUGCCUACAUCGGAGAGCUGUCGGACAUGGUUCCCUCGUGCAGCGCGUUGGCACGGAAACCAGACAAGCUGACCAUCCUGCGAAUGGCAGUCUCUCACAUGAAGUCUCUCAGAGGAAACGCCAGUACUAAUGCUGACGGGUCAUACAAACCUUCUUUUCUCAGCGAUCAGGAACUAAAGCACCUCAUUUUGGAAGCAGCGGACGGCUUCCUGUUCGUGGUGUCAUGCGAGACGGGCCGUGUUGUUUACGUCUCGGACUCGGUCACACCUGUACUUAACCAGUCGCAGUCUGAAUGGCUGGGCUCUUCUCUUUAUGAUCAGCUCCACCCAGACGACACAGAAAAGCUCAGGGAGCAGCUCUCCACUUCGGAGAACAACAACACAGGGAGGAUGUUGGACCUGAAGACAGGAACUGUGAAAAAGGAGAGUCAGCAGUCAUCAGCUAGAAUGACAAUGGGGGCGCGCCGAUCAUUCAUCUGCAGAAUGAGGUGUGGAACGUGCCCAGUGGAACCAAUGUCUAUGAACAGGCUCAGCUUUCUCAGGAGUAGGAACAGGAAUGGCUUAGGAACACCCAAGGAAGGGGAACCCCAGUACGUUGUGGUUCACUGUACAGGAUACAUUAAGUCCUGGCCCCCCGCGGGUGUAUCAUUAACAGAUGAUGAAGCAGACAACAAUCAGGGGAGUCGCUACUGUCUAGUUGCCAUUGGGAGAUUACAGGUCACCUGUUGCCCUGGUGACACAGACCUGAACAGCAUCAGCGUUCCUGUGGAGUUCAUCUCCCGCCACAACUGCCAGGGCAUGUUCACCUUCGUAGACCAUCGCUGCUUGGCCUCGAUCGGCUACCAGCCACAGGAAUUACUGGGGAAGAAUAUUCUAGAUUUUUCUCACCCUGAAGACCAGGGCUUGCUGAGAGACAGCUUUGACCAGGUGGUUAAGCUGAAAGGCCAGGUUCUGUCGGUCAUGUUUCGGUUCCGGGCCAAAACCAGAGAAUGGAUGCUGAUGAGAACGAGCUCCUUCACCUUCCAGAACCCCUUUUCAGAGGAGAUCGAGUACAUCAUCUGUACCAAUGUCAACGUCAACAGAAACUCAACCCAGGACCCUCUCGCUCCCAUCUCCUCCCCCGGGGCUCCAAUGCCCCUGGGUCAGAGCAGCCCAAACGGCCAUCCUGCUGUGCUCAGCCCAGGCCCGAUGGCCGCCAGACAGCUACAACAGCAGCAGCAGCAGGCCGACCUGGAGGGAGGGGCAACAAGAGACGGGAUGUAUGAGGCGGGACCAAUCAGUAUCCAGCAACAGAUGCCGGUGCAGCCAGUGGCAGCGGUGGGGCCGGACCACGGCAAAACCAUAGAGAAGCAGGAGAUCUACCCGCCCAUCUUCCCAGGGCCAGAUCAGACCAAGGGCAUGCCGACCAACUCGACGCCUUCCACUCAGAUUUACACAAACAACUUUUCUGCUGGCCGCUCCAAUGACUCAUACAGCGGCAGCUGCACCGAUAUUGUAAGAACUGCCACUGUGUCGCCAUACCUUGUAAAACAUAAACCAGUCGCUAUGCAGAUGACACAGCCAGCACACUCGGCACCGCAGAUGCUGCCUCACAUGUCUCGCCAAAAUGGCGCCCCGCAGCCUGUUACCCCAUCAAGUACUAACGGCCCCCUCCACGGACCGCCAGGAGGAUGGCCCGGCCCCGGACCUGCUGCAGCCAGGCCGCAGUUCAGUAACCAGCAGGUUGCUCCGCAGGCAGCAAAGACGAUGUCUCAGCAGUUUCCUCCAAUCGGAGGAUUCGGCGGCGGCUCCUCUAACACCUUCAGCCAGAUGCCCACCGGUGCCGCUCCCACCCCCACCAACGGCACAAACUACCCUCAGAUGAACCCUCGCACCAGCCUCAACACCAACGGCUACGACACUUCCCAGUCUGGAGGCCAGUUUCCACCUCGAGCGACGGAGGCGGUGUGGCCUCAGUGGCAGGGCCAGCAGCAGCAGCAGCAUCCUCAGAACAACAGAGAGCAGCAUCCUCACGCUCAGGGAAACCAGCAGGACAUGUUUCCUGAUGUGUUGUCUAUGCUAGACCAGCCUGCCUCCUUUAACAGUGACGACUUUGAGAUCGCCAUCUACCCCCCGUACAACGAGUGACCAGCGCUGCGCCUCUCUUCUUCCUCUGCCGGGUGAAUCUUUCCUUCACAUCUUCUGCUCCUGAACUCUUACUCUUCCUCCUCCUCCUCCUCCUCCUUGUCAUAAUGGCAGUCUUCCCUCACUUUCUGUGGUCUCGCUGUAAGUCAGGUAAAGAUGAAGGGAUAUUUUACUGCACCUAAAUCAAGUAGAAAGUGAAAGAAUAACAUAACAAAACAGAGAUAUUAUUUUCACAAUAUUCCAGUCAUUGUAAGAGAUUGCUGCAGCUAGCACUACCCAAAGCUCCAUACAGGUGUUGUAGAUGUGUGAUAUCAGUGUGUAUGAAUAGAAAGAUAUGAUAAAACGCACAAUCGCACCACCACACAUGGAUGGACUGCACAAAAAAAUGAAAAAAAAAACAAAACA